AUGAUUAAGAAUCUUUGUGACGUGUGGUUCGGGUAUCACAAGAUGUUUGCUUAUGUCCCUCGUACUCCUAAGAAAGAUCUUAAUUUCCAUAGGGAACCACCAAAGGUUGAGAAGAAAAGGGAGAAUCUUUCUGUUUCAUAUGCAAAUGUAGUAAGUGGUGGUCAUAGUGAGAAAUCUUUUUCUGAAAAAGAAGAUUCAACCAUUGUUCUUGAUUAUGGGAAUUUUGUUAUUGACAACAAAAAGUUAGUGUAUUUAGCUAUGUUUCGUGACUUUAGUACUCUUCCUAAUUUGAGAAUGUUGUGCCAUGAUGAAGGUUUUGAUAAUUUUAUUAUUCGAUAUGUGGGUGGCCUAUGGGUGAUGUUUAAAUUUAAGUCCAAAGAAGCAUGUAAAAAUUUUCUGACCUGUGAUGCGGUUAACCAUUGGAUUUCUGAAAAAAGAACAUGGGACAAAAACUUUGUGACAUCUGAUCGUAUUGUGUGGGUUGCUGUCGAAGGUCUUCCAUUACGUGCUUGGAGUAAAAAUUCUUUUAGACAUAUUUUGGCAAAAUGGGGUUCAAUCGCUCAUCUUGAUGAUAACAUAGGAGAACACAUGUAUAAAUCACGUAAAAUUGAGAAGCCAAACUUACAUUCACCACCUCAUGUUGUUGUUUCUAUUUCAACUCCUUCCGAACAUCAUGUUCCUAAUAAUUAUGACCUAGUACAUCCUCUUUCACAGCUGGAAGUUCCGACGGCAGCAACUCAUGUUGCCACUGUUCUGACAACAUCCUAUGCUAUCAAGAUUGCUCCAGCAGCUCCAGCUGUUGUUCCUGAUGCUAUUCGACAGCCUUGCCUCCUAAUUUGUCUCCUCUUCUUGGAAAAAAUUGUGAAGUUAAUCAGAAUUCAGGGGGGUAAUAAUGAUGUUUUUAUUGAAGACUUUCCCUCUAAGGUUCGGGUUCAUAGUAAACCAGUGGGGUUUUCUGGAGGUUUUGGACGAGUUUCGGGUAUUAAUUGUUCUGAAGAUGAUCUCUCUCAUCUCACGGUGGGAGAAUCGUUGGGGUAUAAUAUGGAUGGUUGCAUGGAUCGUGUUAUAUAA